AUGGACCGAAGAUUGGACAGCCUUCCAGGGGGUAUCGAUCCGCCUCGUGCGCCUACAGCAGAAGAAGUGGAUAUAAUUCUCCGACAUUACCGCAGCGACGUGCUCCGAUGGCAUGCAAUGAAUCUGUUCAAUGACCAGAUAUGCCCCGCUUUACUGCGCACACACUAUUGCACCGACGAAGAAGAGAAAGCCAGACACGAUGAACUAAUGACUGAAUGGGUCGAUUCAGAUCCCUUUGAAUCAGAGGCCUGGUGGGCGGUUCUCGAUAAUGCGGAUCUCUUCAACUUCGGCCCGGAGUGGCGGCGUGUGUACGAGAUUCUUCCCGACCUUACGGGCCCACUUGAGCCCGAGGUCGAUGAUGGACUGGAGAUUCCGCGCGCCCGUAGAGCAGAACGCCUUGAAAAUUUCCGGUCUGGUCUCAAAGCGCAAAUUGCCGAAGCGAAAGAAGAAGCCCCAGAGACUUAG